AUUAUUACUUAUCAAUCGAAGGCCUAACAAGUUGAUGUUGAGCAUGAAACGAAGAGUCUUUAUAGUAGCCACAUUGUUUGUUGCUAUAUUCAUUAUGAUAGCAAUACAGAGGACAGAAUACCUAACCACUCUGUGGAAUGUUUUUGAUCCAGUAUCCUACAACGAUAAUAUUUUCCAUACUUCCAAGAAUUUUAGAUGCAAUGGCCAAUGGAUGGAUGAAUACAGCCGUUACCAUGCCAACAGUCUCAGUUCACAAAGCAGUGACAGGAAAUUUCUAAUCUACUACUGUACAGGACACAMUGGUGGUUGCGGUGGUUAUGGCAACCGAAUGAUCAGCAUAGUCUCUCUUUUCUAUCUUGCAGUGGUUUUAAAUCGUACAUUUAUGAUCCACUGGGGAGGACCUGAGUUACUGGAAACAUACUUACAGCCAAAUCGUAUYAACUGGAAAUAUAAUUCACUUAAAUUCAAGGGGCUGAAAUCAAUAAAGCGUUACUGGGGACUAGAGAGAAGUGCAGGAUACGAGCAGUUCUUUCUUUCAAGAGAGGGGAACUUUUUACGUUGGACUCAAUCAGUGAACUUUAGAACAUAUUUAAACAAUCCAGUUGAACAAGUAUCGUCAAUUUGGUACUUUGCUGAUAAAAUAUGGGAUAAUCCACAUACGAAGACGAUCGCUAGGGGGCUUGGGAUACCAUUAAAAAGCAAGGAGUACCCAUACGCUAUGAUUGGCUGCGCUAUGAGCUUUUUGUUUAAAAAAUCCAAAGCUUUGAUUAAAGAGUUCUCUAAAGUGCAAACGGCUAUUCAAGAUAGGCCAAGGCCUUUUAUCGGCAUCCACAUUCGCUCCAGUGAUUACCAGUUUGGUAGUUUUAAUCCCCAUAGUGUCAGAACGCGUGAUCCGGCUAAAGUUUUUAUAUGCGCWGAACGAGUUGAAAAGGCACUAAAGAGCAAGUUUUUCUCUUUAAGGCAUAAAAACUUCACAUGGAUUUUAGCAGCGGAUAAUAAAGAUAUCAAAAAGAAAGCAUCGAAAGAUUACCCGUCAAGAAUAGCUACGUUGGACAUUGUUCCUAAUCACCUUGAUGUCUCAUCGUCAGGCCAUCAAGAUAUUUUGAGAGAUAUUUUAAUGGAUCAACUGCUGAUACUAGAGUGCGACUUUUUCAUUUUGACAUCAGCAAGCACGUUCAGUGUUGUAAUUGCGGGGCUGCGUCAGUUUCCGGUCCGUUCGACGACUUAUGGAGAGAGUUGCCAGCUAGAUGAAAGGAAAGUUAUCCUUGCUCCWAAGCAAAAAUUCUAACAAGCGUUUGGUAAAGUAUUUGGGCUAUUUAUUCAGUUUAGCUGGCCCCACUCUCGAAAAGGGAUAUCUUCAUGCCUUUUGAGCUAAAACAAAAAGGUCACACCUUCAAAGACAAAAGUAUCUUUUUCGCUCUCAAAUUCACCGAAAUGUUAACUUUCCUAAAAAUCUAUUUAAUGAUAAAGAAUUGAUUGCCGUGCGUUUAUCGGUUAAAUAAAACACGGAUUGCUUUUAUARUAUAGGAAGUCAGUUAUGCUCUUGGCGAGCGUGAAUUUACCGGGAAAUAAAAGACUCUAAAAUAAUAAUUGACACUAUUAAAUAGUGAAAGACGAUAGUAACAAUGAUCAGUAUUACAUCCCCCCUACAUGGCUAAGCUUUACUUAGAAAACCCUGUCACUUUAUAGUUAUCAAAAUUCACUGCCACCGCGGUCCGCGGUCACGUAGUGCCUGGAAAAUGAUUUCUGGUCCAAACAUAUGCAUGGGAAAUUCAUUUUAAGUGAUUCGCCGACCGUGGACCAACAUAAUUUUAGUGCUUUCAGUGUGACGGGGUAUUCUAAAGUCGCUCCCUGUAAAAUUUAUUUUUUGGUGUACACGUUCUACAAUGUUUUGCUAACACAACUACUCCUUUUUUCCGAUGUGGUUCUAAUUGUUCUAAGGUUCUAAGUGUACAUGUUUCGGGUUCUAAAUCUGGUUCUCUAUGUUCUACAUUCUAUCGCACGAGGUGCGCCGGUUUCUAUGGUGAUGUCAGUUCUAUAUAUGGAAAUGUAACGACAUCUUACACUCCCCCUCCUACAUCUGUCUCAGAAUGAAUGAAUAAAUUAAUGUUGCAAAAUCAA